AUGUCGACGCGGAGCGGCGCAAACGCAAUACGUGCGCGGCGUGGGCACAAGGAGCGUUCGAAAAACUUCACGGAGUUAGAGAAACGCACCGUUCUUGAGUUGAUAGCGCGACAUCGGGACGUGCUACGACAGGGGCGUUCCAACAACGCGACUAAUCGCAGCAAACAGUUAGUGUGGUCCACAAUUUGUGAAGAAGUGAAUAAACGUUGCGGCGGCGAGCGGCCGCGCACGCCAGCUCAAGUUAAGAUGUGGUACGAAAAUUAUAAGAAGAAAUGCAAGAUGCGCGCACACGAUACUCAACUCAUUAAGACUCCGAACUCUGAAACACCCGGCCUCCUCGACGGUAUGUUGUGGCAGAAUAUUCACCCGCUAGACAAAGGCGAAGAUAAUGAUGCCACGACAAGUGGGGAAGGCGCUCAUAGCGUCAAGGAUGAUGGGCCGGUAAAUAUGUCCAACGGGCGUCUUUCAACGAACGACAGCGACGAUACGAUGCCAAACGUACUUGAACCUCAAGUGCAAAUUAUACCCCAGUCCUCCCCUAGCCCCCCCUUAAAAGCCCUCCCUAACCCCCUUAACCCCCUAAUCCCUAACCUGCCCCUCCUCGCUAAUCCCCUCGCGAUCGAACAAGCGCGCAUCCAGCAAAAUUUCCUUCAAAAGUUAAACGAACUAUCAAAUACACCACUGAACCUCAGUCACUUAGACGAUGACAAAAGGAAAGAAUCGGAUGAUCAAAAACACGAUUGUGGUACCGCGACGGAGGAAGAGAGGUUAUAUUACAUAGCCAAACGGCAACACGCGAUAUGGGAACACGAGGCGAAAAUGAAAAUUUUAAAUAUGGAACUAAGGCAGAAGGAAGAGAUUUUCUCCCUUCAGAAACAACUUUUUCUCAUCGAAUUGCGUUUGAAAAUGGAUUUCCUGGAGAAGGCCAGUGCUAAAUGA